CCCACAGAUUAAUUCCAAUAAGAUUCUUACGCGAGAUUUCUAGAUUUAUUUUUGUAUUACGUUAAUUUUGAUAUAAUGCAUAUACAAAAUCUUUAGUAAUGUAUAUUUAUGCCGGACUCGGUAUCACGGGCGGAGCUCACAGAUUAUGGACACACAAAGCGUAUAAAGCAAAACUUCCUCUCAAACUAUUUUUACUUAUUGCAUUUGCAAGCGCAGGUCAGAAUUCCCUGGAACAAUGGGUACGCGAUCACCGUGUACACCAUAAGUACAGCGAUACAGAGGCCGACCCGCACGAUUCUAAUCGCGGCUUGUUCUUCUCUCACAUUGGAUGGCUGAUGAUGAAAAAAAAUAGCCACGUAUUGACGCGUGGAAAACAAAUGGAUAUGAGCGACAUUACUGACGACUCGAUGCUCCGAUUUUAUAACAAAUACUUUGCAUACUUCAAACUGGUGUUUUGCUACUUGCUACCGUUGUACGUCAACGUUCACUUAUUAGGUGAAACAUGGCGAUGUGCUGUAGCCUGGCAAUGGUUCAUCCGUUUCUUAAGCAUGUUCCACAGUGAACUCACAGUGAACAGCCUCGCACAUGCGUAUGGUAACAGGCCUUAUAACAAAAAUAUCAUACCAAGAGAAAACCGGUUCGUAGCCACUUGCACACUCGGCGAAGGUUGGCAUAAUUACCACCACGCAUUUCCCUUCGACUACAAAGCCGCUGAACAUUUUGAUGCUUUUAAUUUUGGAACGUUGAUAAUUGAUUGUUUCGAAAAAAUCGGCUGGGCUUAUGACUUGCGACAAGCUACUCCAACGAUGAUCAACUCCAUAGCACAGCGAUCAGGCGAUGGAUCUCCCAUACAUUUUCCGAUACCGGUUAAUGCAUCCGAAUAA